AUGUCGGUUUUCUUCAGCGGCGGGAGGUCAGUCGAGCUUAUUCUUUCCGAAAUACUUCAUCGGCGAUUUAGAGAGAGUGAAGAAUGGUGGGCGAAGAGAAAAGGCAUCAGAUGAUGCAAAAUUUGUUUGGUGAUCAAUCGGAAGAAGAAGAGGAAGAAGAGGUCGAAUCGGAGCACGAAUCAAAUCGACAACCCGAUUAUGCAUCCGAUGAAGGGGACAUGGGGUUGAAGCCUGAAGGUGAAGAUGUUGUAGAAGGUCAAGGGGAAGCGGAGGUGGGUAGUGAUAGUGAGGGUGAAGAAUUACAGGAGAUGGAUCAAGAACAAAUAGAGAGUGAAGGCGAGAGAGACCAAAGCUCUCAAGAAGUAGAUUUGGGAGAUCAAAGAGAAGAAAGUGAAGGAAAAGAUUCAGGAAGUGAUCAACUUGGUCAAAAAGUUGUGACAAGUAGGAGGCGAGAAGUUGUGGAAAGUGAGUCAGAAAGAUCAGAAGAGAAUCAAUAUAUGGAUAAUGCAGAUGAAGAUGUUGAUCAACCCAGAAGUCCAAGUAGGUCACCUGAAGAAGAGAAAGAUGAAGCUCACAUAUCACAAACAGCACCAGAGAUUCGUGAUGUAUUUGGGGAAUCAGAUGAUGAUGAAGAGCCAGCAGAAUACGAUGCUGUUCAGACUCAUCUUGAGGAGGAUGCCAAUAGAUCCCCUAUGGAAGAGGAUGAAGGUUAUGAGAAAGAUCUGAGACCAGAGGACAUGUUAGCUGAUGAAGAGGGUCGUUAUGAUUCUGAAGAGGAUCAUAUUAUUAAAGCUAAGGAGAAACCAGUGGGACCCCCUAUGGAGCUAGGGAUACCUUUGAGACCUCCUCCCUCACAUCCUGAAAAGAUGAAUAUGAUUAAAGUCUCGAAUAUUAUGGGAAUUGAUCCGAAACCAUUUGAUCCAAAGACCUUUGUUGAAGAAGAUGCAUUUGUUGCUGAUGAAUCUGGAAAUAACAAACGUAUUCGUUUGGAGAAUAAUAUUGUUCGCUACAGGGCUGUUAGAAAUGCUAAUGGAACAACCUCUUAUGAAAGCAAUGCACGGUUUGUGAGAUGGUCAGAUGGCAGCUUACAGUUGCUUAUUGGGAAUGAAGUUCUUGAUAUUUCAGUGCAGGAUGCGCAACAUGAUCAAGCUCAUCUUUUCCUUAGACAUGAAAAGGGAAUACUUCAGUCGCAGGGGAGAGUGUUAAAGAAGAUGAGAUUUAUGCCUUCAUCCUUGACUUCUAACUCUCAUAGAUUAUUAACUGCACUUGUUGAUUCGCGUCAUAAAAAGGUGUUUAGGGUGAAAAAAACUGUCACCGACAUUGAUCCCGAGAGGGAGAAGGAGCAAAAAGAGAAGGCUGAAAGUCAAAGUAUUAGGGCCAACGAACUUCUCAGUAGAAAGAAGGAAAAGGUUAACCGCAAAUACACACCAACUGUGCGUAAGGAGCGACAACUUUCACCUGGCUUCCUGGAGGAUGCACUUGAGGAGGACGAUGAACAAGAUUACUAUGAUUCUCGGCGUCGGCGCCGCUUUGAGGAGGACCUGGAAAUGGAAGCACGUGCUGAAAAGCGUAUUAUUAAUGCUAAAAAAUCUCAAGGAGGAGGGCACAAAGAUACCCCCCGCAAAUCGUUGCAAGGCAUGAACAUGAAGUCAUCUAGACGUGGUCCGCCUGAUGAUUAUGAAAGCGAACGGGAGGAGUCCGAAUAUGAAACUGAAGGUGAGGAAGAUGAGACAGAGACACGUAGAGACCGUUAUGAUGAUGAUGAGGAUGAGUAUGAGGAGCCCUUGGCGGAUGAUGCUUCAGAUGAAGAGAGGGAGUUGAAGCACAACAAGGCUGCGCGGCAGGAGAUAGAAUCAGAGGAGGAGUCUCCCCCAAGAAAGGCUUCUGCUUCUGCUUCCCAUCGUAGAAAGGCGCUUGUUUAUGACAGUGAUGAAGAUUAAAAAAAUAUAUAUAUACUUAUAUAUUUAUAUUCUUACAAAUUGGUACAAGAUAGGAGGGGGGAGCUUCAUUUGUAUGGAAGGAAUAUGGAUUGUCUCUUGAACAAAUUUGUGUUUACUUAUUAAAUCCAAUACAUUUUGAACAA